AUGGCAACAUCAGCAUCUCGGCAGAUCGCAAGGAUCAGUCGCCACCUCCUGGCCUCAACACGACCCGCCACCCCUGCCACUGCCACUACCACCAACACCUUCACACUCCUCCCCCGUCGCCAAUUGACCCUCUCAACGGCCGCCUGGAACAAGAAUGACCGCCCCAUUGAUCAGCCCUCAACAAGGAUAAACUCGCUCAACCUCAACCUGGAGGCACCACCAGUCGUCCCCCAGAGCGAAGACAGUAUCAAGUCGAUCGAUCAGGUCAUGCGGGAGAUCCAACGGGAGGCCGAGCUCAAGGCUGCAAACGCCAAUUCCCAAUACCCCAACAUCUUGGAUCCUUUAGAAGCAUCAAGGGCAGGAACUGGGGUUGCACCCGAGACUGAUUCACAACACCAGCAUGGACACCAACACCAACAAUCAUCAGAAUACGCUGACGCCAAUGCCAGCGCAUACGAGUCUUCAUCCUCAGGGCCAGGAGGAGUGCCACCACCACGACCUCCCAAGAAACCCUCCCGGUUCUGGAUCUACAUGUACCAUAUCCUGUACUGGUCUGCACUGGGCUCAAUCCCCGUCCAUCUGUUGUUGACAAAGGGGGAGGCCAAGGAUUUGAAGGCGAGUCAGGAAUGGAAGAUUUCGGUGUUGACGGAUAUGCGGGACAAACUCCGGAGAGGCGAGUCGGUCGAGGAAGAGGAGGCUCUUCUGACUGUUGGACAUGAUCGUUCAAAACGCGAGGAGCAGGUCGAUGAAAAGUACUUUGAAGACUUGCUGGUAUCGGCGGAGAAGCAGGACUUCAUUUUCAGCAAAGACAAAGACAUUGAUGUUGUUGUACCUACACCUACACCCGCCCCUACACCUGUGCCUGAGGCGCCAGUUGUUCCCAGGAAACCAGCUCCUCCCAAGAGCGAGAAGAGCUAUCUGUAA